CGAGGAAACACAAACACAAACGCGCAAAUGUCAGCCGUUCGGUACGAAGAACCAGAUGUAGAUAUGUCUAUGGGGUGUAGCUAGGCAAUUUUGUAUUUCUACAAAGUAGAAUAUUGAGUAAAAUUGAAAGUAUUUUAGUGAAAAGCAAUGGAGGGUCAGCAGGUACGGGCCCUUUAUGAAUUCAAGGGUGAACCGGGAACAGCAGAAUUAUCCAUUAACGCUGGAGAAAUUCUAACAGUGAUGAGAGACAAUGUGGGUGAUGGAUGGUGCGAAGGAUUUAAUGAGAGUGGACAGUCAGGUCUGUUCCCUGCAGCUUAUGUCCAAGUGGUUGAAGCAGCUGCACCAAUUACAGGUAAUAUGACAGCAUCCCAGCAAAGCACUGGUGAUUUCUGGGAUGAUGAUUGGGACGAUGACUCUGAUGCAGGACAAACACAACCUUACGUCCCUCCCGUCCAACAGCACCAAAUGAUACAACCAGCCCAACCUCACACUGUAGACUACGGAGACAUAGUAUCCAUGCACACAAUCCACUCGGUAAUACCAGAGAGGCCCAUUUCCAAUGUACCAAAGAAAAACAACAAAUUUUCUACGCUGAUCAAGUCGGGCGAAGAUAGUUUUCUGCUGGGUACUAAGUUGUUGAAUGUACCAGACAGUGAAAAAGUAUUCAUUGAUGAAGUAGAAGGAGGACGCUGUACGUGGGUACCGACUGGUGAAAGUUAUAACUGCGUUGUCACAUCCCCAAAGAAAGAGUCAAAACUCAAGGGCUUGAAGAGUUUUAUAGUUUACCAAUUAACACCCACGUUCAACAAUAUUCAAGUAUCUCGAAGAUACAAACAUUUUGAUUGGCUACACGAGCGCUUAGAAGAGAAAUUCUGUUUCAUCCCGAUACCUCCAUUACCUGACAAGCAGAUAUCAGGUCGUUACGAAGAGCAGUUCAUAGAGCACCGACGAACGCAGCUACAGGAAUUUGUCGAUUAUGUCUGCAGGCAUCCAGUAUUGUCUCGAAGCCGCGUUUGGGAACAUUUCAUGACGUGUACAGAUGAGAAACGUUGGAAAGCUGGAAAGCGUCAAGCCGAGAAGGACGAGCUUUUGGGUGUAAAUUAUUUCAAUGCAAUCCAGUGUGCUGAUCUUCCGCCACUUGACCCGAUCAAGGUUGAAAUUGAGACUGAUGCCUUCUCAAGGUUCAUCUCGGGACUGGAUCCGGUGGUGAAGAACUUCAUGGCAGUAGCUGUAGAUCAGACAAAAAAGCAUCAGGUCCUCUACAAGCGUGAAUUCCAGAAGAUCGGACAAUCUUUUACAGCCCUAGGUCACGCCCUGGAAGCCGACGACAGUAGUAGAGGCAGACUGACCCAUGCCCUCAAGAUGACCGGGGACGCUUACAACGAAAUAGGAAGAUUAUACGAAGAACAGCCGAAGUUCGACUGGGAGCCUCUUGGUGACAAAUUCCAUAUUUACAGAGGAAUCAUCAGUAGUUUCCCGGACGUCAUCAGUAUACAUAAGAGUGCUGUUCAGAAGCGAAGAGACUCGGAGAGGCUAGUCAGUGAACACAAAAUGGAGCCACAGCAAUUGCAGGAUCUGUGCAUCAGGACAGAUGUGAUAACCCGCGCUCUUAUGGCAGAGGAAACGCAUUUUCAAUCAGAGCGCGAAAUUCACAUAAAUCAAGCUAUGAAGAAUCACCUUGUAGAGCAGAUAAACUUUUAUCAAAAAAUUGUGAAUAAGCUCCAGGAGGCAUUAGCAACGUAUGACGGUUGAUUAUUACAUAAAAACCCUAUUUGUAUUAGAGGCACGAUUUAACGAGUCAAAAGUGAUGGACACAAUGAUACCCUACUAAUUCAACCUAAUGCAGAAACCUAGUUGCGGUCAGUUCACUUUCCUGCAACUGGGUUACGAAUUCACUAGGUGAACACUUCUUAAGACAGAGUAUUACUUUAGCGCACUUUCGGAUUGUACAUACCACUAUUUCGUUAUGGACCAAGCAACAAAAUGAUUAUCACGAAUAAUUGCAUUUCAUCGAAAAAGAAGAACGAAUCGAAUGCUAGUAUUUAUCGAAUGGUGUGAAAUCGCUAGAAUUAAUCGAAUGCUACUAUCAAUAGUAAUCGUGAUCUGAUAAUGGCAUUCUUGAAAAUUUUUCUGUAAUCUACACUCAAACGACUAAGUCAGUCGAUAAUUCAUUGUAAAGCGACGAUUUGUAAAUAGGAUAAUGGCCAAUUUUAUUGAGUGUCUUUUUUCUUGGAGAAAAUUCAUUCUCUCCCCCAUGUCCGCGAUCUAAAUAGUCAAUCAUUUCUCAUGAGUUUCCGCAAGUCCUUAUGUGUAAAUAAAUGUAAUUUACUUCAGCAAUUGUCAAUAUAGAUAGUAAUACAGAAUAGUACGUCAAUAUGGUAUUGAUCCUGAUGUAUAAACGGAUAUUACAUCUUGGAAUGGAAGAUAAGCACCUGAGCGUAGCGAUGCUUGUAACGGGGCUUAACGGGACCAAAAUGUCUCACUUUUUGACUCCUUUUCUUAGUUAAUUAUCGAAGUCACCUAUAUCCAUAAAAAGACAAAGUCAUACUGUAAAGCCUUUGACAAUGAAAUUUUUCACAAUUUUACAGAACGAAUUUUGUCAUUCGUACAAGUACAUGAUGAUCUGCAUCCUGGAUCAUCGUUGCGUUUAACGAAAUAAUAAAUAAGAAACUGUUAACAUUUCCAUGCCUCAGCGAUAUCUUUUCAAACUGUCGUAAGUCGAACCGAUUGUUGAUUAAUAAAUAAUUAUUAAAUUGACAGAGAAUGCAAAUAAUAAUUUCGAAUUUACAAGUAUCAUACAGAAUGGGUAUGUCUGGUGCUAAAUAGAUAAUACAUUUGUACAGUAGAAAAUAUGUGACGAAUCAGCCUCUAACUUUAAACGAUACACAAUGA